AGAGAGAGAGAGAGAGAGAGAGAGAAUCAGCGGCGUCGAGACAGCACAGUGCGGAGUGACAGCGCGUUAUCUUUUACAUGAUUAAAACACUGCGCGGGGAGGAAUACGCACACGGAUCGAUAGAAACAUAUCUUCAAUAUCUAGUCCGUCAUGGAGUCCUAUGACAUUUUAGCUAACCAGCCCGUUGUGAUUGAUAAUGGUUCGGGGGUUAUCAAAGCUGGUUUUGCCGGUGACCAGAUCCCCAAAUACUGUUUCCCCAACUACGUGGGACGUCCCAAGCAUGUGCGCGUGAUGGCAGGAGCCCUGGAGGGGGACCUCUUCAUCGGACCCAAGGCAGAGGAGCACCGGGGCUUGCUGUCGGUGCGGUACCCGAUGGAGCACGGCAUAGUGAAGGACUGGAACGACAUGGAGAGGAUCUGGCAGUACGUCUACUCCAAGGAGCAGCUGCAGACGUUCUCGGAGGAGCAUCCUGUGCUGCUGACCGAGGCUCCUCUCAACCCCAGCAAGAACAGAGAGAAGGCCGCAGAGGUUUUCUUUGAGACCUUCAACGUUCCCGCUCUCUUCAUCUCCAUGCAGGCUGUCCUCAGCUUGUACGCCACAGGCCGGACCACCGGCGUGGUGCUGGACUCGGGCGACGGCGUGACCCACGUGGUGCCCAUCUACGAGGGCUUCGCCAUCCCGCACUCCAUCAUGCGCGUGGACAUCGCCGGGCGAGACGUGUCGCGGUACCUGCGCCUGCUGCUGCGCAAAGAAGGCUACAACUUCAACACCUCGGCCGAGUUCGAGGUCGUCCGCACCGUCAAAGAGAGAGCCUGUUAUCUGUCUCUCAACCCACAAAAGGACGAGACUUUAGAAACGGAGAAGGCGCAGUACGUACUGCCGGACGGAAGCACUUUAAACAUCGGGCCGGCGAGGUUCCGGGCGCCGGAGCUGCUGUUCAGGCCCGACCUGAUCGGAGACGAGAGCUCGGGGAUCCACGAGGUCCUGGCGUACGCCAUCCAGAAGUCGGACAUGGACCUGCGGCGCACGCUCUACUCCACCAUAGUGCUGUGUGGCGGCUCCACCCUCAUCAAAGGUUUCGGGGAACGACUACUAACUGAAGUCAAGAAGCUGGCACCCAAAGACGUGAAGAUCAAGAUUUCUGCCCCCCAAGAGAGGCUCUACUCCACAUGGAUUGGCGGCUCCAUCCUGGCAUCGCUGGACACCUUCAAGAAGAUGUGGGUGUCGAAGCGAGAAUACGAAGAAGACAGAGCACGUGCCAUCCACAGGAAGACCUUCUAGUAGGCCCGCCCCCCGCCCCGAAACUGCCCUCAAACCCCCCCCCCAUCACACUGUGGGAGACGCCUGCGCCCUGUCAUCUCCCGGGUACCUCUUGCGUCAUCUCAAAACCCCCACAAUCCCCUGCUUCUACACUCCUGUCAGCCUCCUGCUUUACCCAGAGAAACGUGCACCGCUAUGUGUGCUAGUUUCUAUAUUUACCUCCUUUCUCAUUCGCCUCCUAGCUCCCCCUACCCUCCCCCUUUUUUUUGUUUUUUUUGAACCCCCUCUGUAGGGUGACGAUGGCGGCUACCCUCGGCGCUCCAAGCAAUCCCCCCAAAAAAAGUUCCCAUCCGGAGGGCCGUCGGGGGGGGGUAUCUGAGAGGGGGUAUCUUGUGGACUCUUUCACUACAGGUUGUUCUAUAUGAUUAAUAAUUGAGUCCACGUUGAAGUAUUGGUAUCGCUCUCUCGCCUACAAAAAGCUCCGCAAAGUGUAGAAUAUCAUGAAAUGUCAAUAAACCUGAAUGUGUUUUUUUUUUGUUUUUUUGCUACUGUUGAAAAUUCUCCAUUCCAGACCGAAGAUUUAGAUUUUUAAUUUUAUGUCUGUUUCUGUAGAUUUUUCUUUUUCUGUUCGCUGACAGCUGCUGCCUGGAAGACAACGUUGGGGGCUUAAAACACCAAAGACCUUCCUGACAUGGAUCGGCUCGUACAGAACCAAGGUCUGAAGAGCCAUAUAUAUAUAUAUAUAUAUAUAUAUAUACACAUGUUUUUCCAGCCUUGCAGCAAAGUGAACGUGUUAAUUUAUCAGCCCAAUUUAUUCCCAACGAAAUGUUUCGAAGUGAACGUGACAUCCGAGCGGUUGUGUGAUGAUGAGGAUGAUGAUGAUGUCGGGGUCGUUUUUAAGUCGGCUUUUUUUGUCUCAGCCGACGGGAUUAAAAAAACGGUGUAGAAAAAUGCCUUCGUUCAUUUCUUUCUUUUGUUUUUGAGAAAUCCAUCGUCUGGUUCAGCGUGUUCCCAGCAGCCGAUGGGCCCGCUUUCAAAAGGAGGAAUACGGUUUUAUUUUUAUUUUAUUUAUUUUUUCGGGGUUUUAUUCUCAAGAAUUGUGGUUGUCUGACGGAGUCGGAGUGACGCAGAGGAAAAGAGUGAAAAACUGUGGCGGGAGGAAAGAUGUAUCGGGGGGGGGGCUGGGAGGGGAGCAGCACGAGUCUCCCAAAGAUUCCCAACGCCACUUCAAAUUCACUUUAAAAACUUCCAAAACAUUUCACACAUUCGUCUCUGAGUUCUAAACGGAAGUAAACGCAGAAAGUAGCCCCGUGGAACUGCUCACUAGUCCUCGAGUCCUGGACUAGGACUGGACUAGUCCUCGAGUCCUGGACUAGGACUUGAGUCCUGGACUAGGACUCGAGGACUAGUCCAGUCCCUAUUCUGUGGACUCGUGACAUGACUUGGACUCAGACGCAAGCAUUUAUGAAAUAGGACUCAGAAGUUGGAUGAAGUUUCUGACUACUUUCAUGUGUAAUAGGCGGUGAUGGAGUCCUCGAGUCCUGGACUAGGACUGGACUAGUCCUCGAGUCCUGGACUGGGACUCGAGGACUAGUCCAGUCCCUAUUCUGUAGACUCGUGACAUGACUUGGACUCAGACUCGAGCAUUUAUGAAAUAGGACUCGGAAGUUUGAUGAAGUUUCUGACUACUUUCAUGUGUAAUAGGCGGUGACGGAGUCCUCGAGUCCUGGACUAGGACUGGACUAGGACUUGAGUCCUGGACUAGGACUCGAGGACUAGGACUUGAGUCCUGGACUAGGACUCGAGGACUAGGACUUGAGUCCUGGACUAGGACUCAAGGACUAGUCCAGUCCCUAUUCUGUGGACUUGUGACAUGACUUGGACUCAGACUCAAGCAUUUAUGAAAUAAGACUCGGAAGUUGGAUGAAGUUUCUAACUACUUUCAUGUGUAAUAGGCGGUGAUGAAGUCCUCGAGUCCUGGACUAGGACUGGACUAGUCCUCGAGUCCUGGACUAGGACUGGACUAGGACUCUUCUUUAGUGACUCAAACUCCAACACGGAGGAUUCAAGACUUGACUUUGACUCGACAGUUGGUGACUCGACUACAACGGUGCUGCCGUGUCUACACAAUUAUUUUUGUAAUUCGCGGUCAGUAAUUUAUCUGAAAUCAUAUCUAAGUCUUGAGUUAAUAUUAAAGGGAAGGAUAAUCACAGGAGGGUGAAUGUCAACGUUCAGUCGGGAUACUGUUUCAAAACGUCAAAAAAAUUAAUUGAAAUGCAAAAAAAAAUGUAAUAAAACACCCAAAAUUCAGUAAAAAUAGAGAUCCGAUCUUUUGUUGUACUUGUGAAGCGCGUUGUGUGGAAUCAUCCGUGUUAUUUUUGACCAAUCGAAAUGAGGUCGUUGAGAAGAAGCUCCAUAUUUCUGAUGUAGACAUUUUAGAAAAAUGGGUCAAAUCUGUAAGGGCUGCUCCCUCUUAGUCGAUCAGUGGUCUAAUCGGUGGUUUUGGUCUUAGUCAGCUUAGAUCUCUUUAGUCCAUUAGUCAUGUCUGAUGCUUUUUUGGGUACUUUCUGUGUUGAUCUUUGGUUAAACUCAGUGACAAGUGUUUGAAAUAUUAUCUGUAGGAUGGAAGUUGAUUUAAAAAAAAAAAAAAGCUUGAAGAGGCAAAGGCCCAGAGUCGGAAGUUAUUUGGAGUGUCCCGACCAGCCGACGAUGUUAAAGCGAAGUAGCUGUCCCGACUUCGGGCUGGGUACCGAUUAACGGUACCGUCGCUUUAAGAAAUGACAUCAUGACAACAUGAUCGUAGUAUUUAUGUCUCAGCUCCGACUACGUGAGCCCCCGUCUCUCGGAGUAUCGUAGACUUGUCUCUACGACGUGUAACGUUAGACAGCCAAUCGCAGACAUUAUUACAUCUCGGUAGAAGCAUGCUGCGUGCUGAUUGGCUCCCUGACGCUGAUGAGAUUUUGUGUUGAAAUUGGGUAUCGAGCGAUGAGGCUUUUUAACGCGAUACUUUUUGGUAGGAGCCUUUGGACCAUUUUUGCCAUUUUUUUUUUCCCAAGUUUUUGUCUCCUAUUUUUUAAAUUUAAUUUCAGUUCAAUUUUAAAAAAUGUUUUGUUUCGUACGGUUUUGUGGGGGGGUGGUUCCACGUUUUUGUCGCCUUUUUUCAAGGUUUCUUUUCGACAGUUCUUUUGACAUUUCUCUCGCCUUUUUUCUAAAGUAUUUUAUGGAGAGAGACAAAAAAAGAGAGUUUUUUUCGCCUUUUUCAAAACAAAUUCUCGCUUUUGCUUUUUCAGAGGGUUUUUUUUCAACUUUUUUGUCGCUUUUUUUAGUUGAAUGUUGAACCCGAAGUUACGCCCUUGCUAAUAAAGUACUGAAUUCGGUACCCAGCCCUAAUCUGAGACCCCGAGUCCCCUCCACGCCCCCGCCCCCACCCCCCACUCGUCUGUUUAAAACUUGAGAUGCAUGAUGGUUAACUGUGUCCAGUUAACGAUCUCCAUGGAGACAGGAAGCCUGGAGUCUGGAUGAAGAAACGCUGCAGAAAGCCCUCCCUCCCCCAUGUCUCUAUGUCGUAGUAAAAGUCUGGAUCUUCUGAUGUCCCAGCGUCUCGGUGGCAGUGAAGGGGUCGUGACCCCCCCCCCACACCCCCACCCACCCCCGCGCCGGGAGCAUCUGCGUCUCGUCCGCUUUUUGGGUGUUUUUAAAAAAUAUUUCAAAGGAAAAAAAAAAGGUUGGGAAACGUCAUCAGCCUUGUGUACAGUGGGAUGCUUUUCAAAAACAACCCCCCCCCCCACACACACACACACA